CCUAUUAUUUCUUUGAUUGCCCAUCACUGCUCCUUAGGCGAUUAUUCGUUUUCCCGGCGAGUGCGGCUACGCUUACAACAUACAAGACAGAAAUGGCGCAUAACGAGAGGCCUGUCUCUCCACAAGAGAAGGUUGCCGUCAACCAGAUGGAGCAUGUCUUGACUACCGACGACCCCGCUCUCAUGAAGCAGCCCGUUAUUGAGAAGGUCGAUGAGUUCGGUGCACACACUAAGACAGACCCGAAGGAGAUUGCCUUGGUGAAGAAGAUCGACUGGUACAUCCUGCCCAUCCUCUGGUUGAUGUACUUCCUCAAUUUCCUCGACCGAAAUGCGAUGAUUAACGGCAAACUCAAUCACUUGGACAAGGACCUCAAACUCAAAGGCACACAAUACAACACAUGUGUCUCCAUCCUAUUCGUCGGAUACCUUUGCGGACAAGUUCCUUCCAACAUGAUCCUCAACCGAGUUCGCCCUUCAUAUUACAUGGCUGGUUUCAUGAUGGCCUGGUCCAUUGUUAGUCUAUUGACCUACAAGUGCCACGACUUCGGAACGAUGCUGGGCUGUCGCUUCCUGCUUGGAAUUACCGAGGCUCCGUUCUACCCCGGUGCGCUUUACAUGCUUAGCAUGUUCUACACCAGGAAGGAGAUCUCAACCCGCAUGGCUAUCUUUUAUACCGGCAACAUGGCCGCUAGCGCUUUCUCUGGGCUCAUUGCAGCUCCCAUUUUCUCGGGAAUGCAAGGCGUUAAGGGUCUCUCUGGAUGGCAAUGGCUCUUCAUCAUCCAAGGAGCCGUCUCCAUCCUUGUCGCCAUUCUUGCCUUCUUCCUCUUGCCUGAUAGCCCCCUUAAGACCCGCUGGUUGACAGAAGAGGAGCGCCAGCUGGCUCACACCCGAAUCUACAACGAUACCACCGACCGUCGCGAGGGCACCAGUGUCUGGACGGGUCUUCGGGAGGCCUGCACCGAUUGGCGAACAUGGGUCUUCUGUCUCAUGGAUAACCUCCAUCUCUCAGCGAACGGAUUCAAGAACUUUUUGCCCACUGUUGUCUCGACACUCGGUUACAACACCACCGUCAGUCUCGUGCUGACCUGCCCGCCCUACGUCUUCUCCGCCUUCUUCUCCGUUCUGGUCCCUUGGUCAUCUGGAAAGUACAACGAGCGAACGUGGCACAUUACCAUUAGCAAGCUUAUUUUUUGCAUCGGUUUCGUCAUGGGAGUUUCGUCUCUUAACAUGGGAGUUCGUUACACCGGUAUCAUGCUAUUUGUUGGAGCUACAUAUGGCGUGAACAACUUGAUUCUCGGCUGGACCUCGUCAGUUCUCGGUCAAACCGACGAAAAGAAGGCAGUUGCCAUCGCCAUGGCCAAUACUCUUGGAAACGCAGCCAGCAUCUACACCCCCUAUCUCUGGCCCGACUCUGACAAGCCUCGAUUCUUGACUGCCAUGCUUGCUAGCAUUGGAUUCUCUAUCGGAGUUGUUAUCUGCGCCUGGGGCAUGAGGUUUGCGUUGAUGCGCACUAACCGCAAGAAGAGAGAGGCCGACCCCAAUGCCUCCAACUUCUAUGUCUACUGAGUGUAGAAAUAGAGUAUUGCGGACCGUGGGAGAGAGGAUCUUGGAAGGCAUCAGGUCUGAAGUACUGAAGUAAGGUACUGCGGGAAGUUGAAAUCACCUUAUUUGAGCGACUAGGAGAUGUGUAAAAU